AUGCUGGCGACGAUGGCGGACUCCUCCCACAGGAACGAAAAAAGCAGAACCGUCCGCCGCGGGGGGCGGCCCCGCCGUGGCGGCUGCACACCAAGGGCGGCGCUGCAGGCUUCGGUGGUGCUGGCCGUGCUCGGGAGAUGUAGUAGCUACGUCCGCGCAGAGGCGGAGGUCGCAGAGGCGGAGGAUGGGUCGAAGACGCCCGCGCUCUCUAUGGAGCUGGACGUUGGUGACGAAUCGCGGGUGACUGCCGCUGACGGAUCGGAAGGCGGGGAUGCAGCAGCAGCGGCGGCGGCCGCGGCCGCGCCGGCAGUGCUGUUUUCCUCGGAGUGGGCAGUGGAGUACGCGCGGGGGGAGGAAGGUUGCGACCUGGCCAGGGGGAGCUUCAUGUGGAGGGGGCAGGGCUUGGGCAGCAACAUCAACAACAUGCUGAACGCGUGGGUGUACGCCCUCUCAGUGGAGAAGUGGAGCGACAUGACCGUGGUCGUGGGCGAAAACCAGAUGAAAUGGGUGGACUGCGGGGAGGAGAGCGGGGGAGAGGCUCAGACGGGCUGGGACUGCAUUUUCAAGCCAAUGCCGCAUCUUUGCACCUUCCCCUCGGCGGAGUCCUGGAAGGAGUACAUGGUGUCGAAAGACCUACCCGAAGCGGAGCUGGUUGAGGUGGCGAGGCUGGACCAGGACGCCGUACGGUUCCACCCGGAAGAGAUAGUGGCGUCGUUGGAAGGGUCGGGGGUCGACCACAUCGCUGCCUUGGCGGCCAUGGCCAAGUACUUGUGGAGCAACGUUACCCCGUGGCUCCAGGCCGACGUCGACUUCGUCACGCGCGCCUCGCCCUCGGACGUGUUCCAGGAAUCCCCGUUCCUGGGCCUGCACAUACGACGGGGUGACAAGGUCACGCAUGGAAGGAGAGCGUCCAUGUACCUGUGUAAGGAAUACUUGGAAGCGGCGGUGGAGUUCCUGGAGGGGGACGACAGCCAGCUUAGCGUGGGAGACAUCAAGGGCAUCUGGGUGGCGUCCGACGAACCCAAGGUGAUCGCCAAGGUCAAGCAGAUAGCACCGGACUACCUGCCCAACGUGAGCGAAGACGAUAUCUUCUGGGCCUCUGGCGGGGUCGAAGGAGGGCCCGAGAUCGGGCGGACGGCUACGCGGACGGACAAAGAGACGUACGCGGACUUCGUGUACACGUUGGCGGACCUCCAGCAGCUCACUGCCGCAGACCUGUUUGUCGGCACGUUCAGCUCAAACAUGGGCCGGCUGCUGGUGCUGUUGAGGGAGUCAAUCGGCCUCAAAGACAGGGCUUCUGCGGUCAGCAUCGACGGCCCGUGGCGUGCAGGACGGCGCCGCAGGCGUGCUAUGAGAGGGGUUAGAGGCCCAGAGUAGAUCGGGUAAAGGGGGCAAGUUGUCGUUUGGGUGGGCACCACUACUUUUCCCCUCUUUCCAGUCGAGCGUGCCCCCCUGCCCUGCCCGCCUACCUCUCUGUUUUGAUCUUAAUCUUUUCUCCAGAGCAACUAUGCAUACGAUAUGCUUGUCAGUACGGAUGAAACGAAGGGGUUGACGCUGCCUUAGCCGCUUUCUGCGGAAUUAGAAAAGGUAGGGAUGGAUGUGCCCGUUUUGUUUGGUUUCGUGCACCUUUGAUUCAGGCAUGCCGAACGAUGACAGUUAGCGCACUUGACGUUGUUCUUCAAGGCUAUCGGCGCGUCACAGGGCGACCGGUUCCCGUGAGUAGGGCGCGACGGCACCUUUACGAAGCUGCGGCCUCUGCCCUCCCGCUGAUAGCUCUCCGUCUAUGUAGACUAUGUUUUCUCUGCGGUUUCGUCGAUUUGUAUAUUUUUGGGCGAGAUAGCGGCGGGAUACUUUGAUUCGCGACUAGAGCGGGCUCUUUGAAGCAGCGGGAAGUACAUGCGAGCCCAUCAGUGCAGAGAACGGUCGUAGGAAAAACAGGGACAAAUAAGAGUAGCGUUAACUUGGCAAAAAUGUCCCCAAUCGGGUGCGACGGAAGCGAGGCAACAACGGUGACCGUUAGCCGACUUUCGUCACGGGGGCGAUAAGCGCUAUAUGCCAGUGUUAAGGCCGCUUCCUUGGAAGUUUUUUUUUUGUUCAUUCAUGGCUGUGUUGACGUAUUUUUGCAGUGGGUAAAUGAGGGAGUGGCGCUAAGCUGCCCACGUUCUUCAGCAAGAUUUUGUUUGUCCAAAGUGUUGCUUUUUUCAGUGAUUAUCAGUUCAGCAUGUUUUGUGUAUAUGUGUGGGUGGUGGGUGGCUCUCCACUACAUUGCCGUGCAGCACAGCGCUUUGCCGCCGCCGUCAAUUCACCCUUUCCUAGUGGCAAACAUUGUGCGUUUGAUGGAAAGUUCGUUACUGUGUGAGUUUGUGCCUCAGUGCACACAGAUGCUAUUUGCAACCAAGGGUUACGUAUCGUACAGCGUGCACUUCCAUCGUUAGGUGCCCAAGAUAGUGUGCAAAGAGUGUAGCAUGAGCUUAUCAGUUACACAACGGAGACCUUUCUUCUGCAGGAUACAGCUUUUUCCAGAGGGAAAUGUGUUGUGUGUACCUUUUCGCCAAGAUGUUUCAUGGACUUGUUCACGUUCGUUGCACGUGGCGAAGAAUGCAUGUAGCACGGCUUGCGCACUUUUUUUUGUUGCUGUAAGUUUUUGUUUUUGGUCCGUCUGAUGUAAGGUCGGUAUCACACCUCCGUGACUAAGCGGAGGUUCUUGUUUCGUGAACAACACCAAAGUGCAUUGGUGUUCUUCGUGGUAUGUCGUAUUGGGCGUAGUGGUGGUCUGUGUUUGGUUCUAUGUUUCUUGGGGUACGCGAAACAAAGUUUGCUCUAGUUGCGUGUGGUGACAACCACAGCCCCGUGCAGCACUAGCCAAGUUGUGAUAGCUUGACCCCUUACUCUGAUGCAUUUGUUGGAGGGGUUUCUGUUGCAAAGGCGGCCCCGAUAUCUUUGCGAGGUGUGGGUUGUGGCAUCGCCACUUGGUGGUCAGUUGUGUGACGCGGUAGGUACCUGUGGUGAACACCGGAGCGAGGAUGAUGGCGCAAGUUCCGUCUGCGUUGUAGACAAUGCGCGCUUGUAGAAUUGGGGGCAUAUAUGGAUGCAUAUAUAUGCGCACGAGAUUUUCCCUCCAGGAAUCAAUAGUACACGUCGUACAGACGUGCUGCGUUGUGACUCCCUCUUGCCAAGCGUCGGCGUAGCUAUGCCGUUUUCCGCGGCAUCAUGUGUGUGGGGUUGGCUGGAGCACUGCCAGUUGCAGUUUUUUUUUUUUCGCCGCCAGGCCCUGGUGCGUUAAACGUACAAAGGUGUAGACUAGCUGUCCCAGAGUGAUGGGACGUUGCAGCUUCGUAAAACUAAGGAAUCUUCGCCGUGCGCGGUGACAAUCGUGCUGCGACAAGGGUCAUAGCGAUAAGGUGCAACAUUGGAGCGGCUCGAAACCGUUCGCCAAUUUC